AUGGCGGCGCCCAUCCUCAGAUACCUGAUGCCCACACUGGCACGGAGGCCAGCCGUGCCGUCCAUCGCCAGCAAGAUGGCCGCCUCGCUCCCUGCCGUCCCGCGCUCCUUCUCGACCACGCCCUCACCCCAGACGACACUGAACCAAGCCUUAAGAAAAGUCCGCACGGGCAAGCGGGCGCGCCACGCCGUGUCGCCGGCGCUGGCCGAGACGCGGUCGCCGCAGCAGAAGGGCGUGUGCCUCAAGGUGGGCAUCACGCGGCCCAAGAAGCCCAACUCGGGCGAGCGCAAGACGGCCCGUGUGCGCCUCAGCUCCGGCCGCCAGAUCACGGCCUACAUCCCCGGCGAGGGCCACAACAUCCAGCAGCACAGCGUCGUCCUCGUCCGCGGCGGCCGCAGUCAGGAUUGCCCCGGUGUGCGCUACCAUCUGGUGCGCGGCGCCCUGGAUCUGGGCGGUGUUGCCAACCGAAUGUCGAGUCGAAGCAAGUACGGAACAAAGAAGCCCAAGAAGGCCUCCGUCGGAUCAUGA